AUGCAUCGAGUGAUCACAACAUUUCAUAUUCCUCUAGGAACAUAUUACCCACAGCCAAAUAUGUGUGUAUUGAUACCAGAAAACUGUCAGACCGUAGAGGAAAGUUUUAUUAGUCCUAAAAGGGGAAAAAAUCUUGAAUCACCAAUAUUAAUAAAGCAUAUACUAAAUAAUAGACGACCAAAUGUAUAUGCAAUUUUUAGUGAAGACAAUCCCAUUAUCAUAAAAUUACCACCAAGAGCCAAACUAACCAAACAGUCAACACGACCCAUAAAGUUUUCGUCUGAAUUUAAUACAGGUCGUUCUGCUCCAACUUCUGAUGACAUUAAAAAGUUUGACCAAGUAAGUCAGUCACAUUCUCAUAUUUUGACUUGGUCUCAGAGCUUAUUUAUCAAUAAGAGCAUUAAAUGUGAUAAUGAUUAUGAAACUGAUGGCGAAUGUAUGUAUGGUAAAAAUAAUACACGAUUAACUGUUAAUAAACAAUGCAACAGCUUUAUAAAAAAAAUCGUAACAAUCGCGAUGUAG